AUGGCUCGUGCCAACUCGACAUGGAGUUCCUGGACCCUGACAAUGGUGGCAUUUGGGCUCAUGGCAACGACAGUAAUGGGAGGGCAGAUUCUGAAGACCAGCGGUUUCAGCGACUGUGGGUCCGAUUCCACUGUUAAAGUCGACAGGAUUAAUAUCAGCUACAACAACGAAAACAAGACUGUGAACUUCGACGUUGCUGGCUCUAGCAGCAAACAACAGAAUGUCACUGCCAUUCUCGAUGUUACUGCCUACGGCAACACGGUAUAUUCCAAAAGCUUCAAUCCUUGCGACAAGGCCACAUUUGUCGAACGUCUAUGUCCGGUACCCGUCGGCCAAUUUGCCGCUCAAGGCACCCAGCAGAUUCCUUCCCAGUUUGCCAACAUGGUGCCUGGUAUCGCCUUCGAGGUACCUGAUAUCUCUGCCCACGCCACGUUGCGGCUGGUGAGUCAGAAUGGGGAUAAAGUCGCCUGUGUACAGUCAGAUGUUUCCAACGGCAAGACUACCGAUAUCCCCGCAGUAUCCUAUGUCGCCGUUGGCGUUGCUUGCGCGGCUUUAGUCAUGUCGGGAGUAUCGGCUGCUGGUGCUGCACUGUCUGGCGGCAGCGCUGCUUUGGGAGGUGGCACGGCCGGCCCAAGCUUUGGCGAGACGAUUGGGUGGUUCCAAGGAAUGGCAAUGAACAGCAUGUUGUCAGUCAACUAUCCUCCCAUCUAUCGAAAUUUUGCAAAGAAUUUUGCAUUCUCGGCCGGCAUCAUUCCCUGGUCAGGGAUGCAGAACACAAUCGAUAACUUCCGAUCCAAGACGGGUGGUAACUUGACACAAGACAGUUUCUCCUAUCUUCAAACUGCUACGCUAGUGUUCCCAGAUGGUUCAACAAGAAGUCCAAACCAAGGUCUACUCAACUUCAAGCGUGCCGUCGACGUCUUUGUGGACCUGGCCGAGAGGGCAGUUGAAACCUCGGUCAACUCGACUGACCCGGUUUCCAGCGGCGACUCGAAUGGCGUCCAACAUAAAGUAAAGGGUAUUCAGGCCUUUGCUGAGCAGCUUCUCGUUCCAAAGUCGAACAUAUUCAUGACGGCCCUGCUGAUUGUAGCCAUCAUCAUCGCUGCCAUUGCGGUCGGCAUUCUCCUCGUCAAGGUUAUUCUUGAAGCCUGGGCCCUGUUUGGCAACUUUCCGGAGGGCUUGAAGGGCUUCCGAAAGCACUACUGGGGCUCUAUUGCUCGAACUAUCACGUCUCUAAUUUUGCUCCUCUACGGCAUCUGGGUGCUCUACUGCGUAUUUCAAUUUACCAACGGCGACAACACGGUAGCAAAGAUUCUCGCCGCUGUCACUCUUGCCAUUUUCACUGCAAUCCUGGCCUUUUUCUCAUGGAAGAUUUGGUCAGUUGCGCACAAACUCAAGACGCAAGAUGGUGAUACUGCUGCCAUGUUUGAGAACAAGAAAAUCUGGGUCAAGUACUCCUUGUUCUAUGAUUCAUACAAGCGACAGUACUGGUGGUUGUUUGUUCCAGCUAUUCUUUACAUGUUUGCCAAGGGUGUCGCAAUUGCUGCUGGAGAUGGCCACGGCGUGGCUCAGACCAUUGCUCAACUGAUCAUUGAGGCCAUUAUGCUCUGUCUGCUCUUAUGGAGUCGACCAUUUGAACGACGUUCGGGUAACGUCAUCAAUAUUGUCAUUCAAGUUGUGCGCGUCUUGUCCAUUGCCUGCAUCUUGGUCUUUGUGGAAGAAUUUGGAAUCAAACAGACGACACAGACCAUUGCAGGUGUGGUGCUCAUCGCAGUGCAGGCUACGUUGACUGGAGUGCUCGCGAUUCUCAUCACUUGGAAUGGCAUCAAUGCUUGCUGCAAGAUAAAUCCUCAUCGUAAGAGAAGAAAGGAGGCUGAAAAACUCAAACGUGACAUGGACAAUCUCACUCCUCUUGAUGCUCGCAACUCGCUACUUCUUGACCGAGCCCCAUUGCCUCAGAAGUCGAUGUUUUCUGUCUCCGGCGAUUUGAACGAGAAGGGUCAUGUGCGAAAUGGCUCUGCCGAGCGAUUUCACCCAGGGGGCAGCGACAUGAGACGUCCUGUUGCUCCUUCCGGCGGCCACAUGUACCGACCACUCACACCAACUCUGGCGAAUGACUCCCAAGGCCUUUUGGACGGGGCUGCCCCAAUUAGCGUAUCAGAUCGACAACCGACUUUGCCCACCAUCGAUCGGGAGUAUCGUGGGUCGUAUGGACCGUCCGCUAGAUACGGCAAUGGUGGUUACAAUCGUCGAUUCUAA